UCAGAGAAGCUCCCCACAUCGCAUCAUUGGAAACGCAUUUAUCAGCUGUUUCCUCCCUCGCCUUUUCUUUUUGCUUCUCCUUUCUUCCUUUUUUCUGUUAAUUCAUUUCAAACUCGCUAGCCAUGGAGAGACUUAUUUGUCCUGUCUCACGGCAAUUGUUGCGAUCACGUCCACGAUACCCCUUUGCCAUUCCUCCACCCAUUUACCCCCGACGACUUUACACCAUGGGCCACACCGUGCCAAAGCUCAAAGACCAGUCGCUCUUCAUUGAGAAGGCUUACGUCAACGGAGAGUUCGUAGCUUCGCAGUCGGGAAAGACCUUUGAAGUCCACGAUCCCGCUUCUGGAGAACUCAUUGGAACAUGCCCCGAGUUUGACGCCGCCGACACCGAAAAAGCCAUCCAUGCCGCUGUUGAAGCUUUCCCUAGUUUCCGUACCACGCUUGCCCGCGAACGCGCCCGUAUGCUCCGUCGGUGGUACCAGUUGAUGAUUGAUAACGCAGAAGACCUGGCAACACUGAUCACAUGGGAGAAUGGUAAGCCAUUGGCGGAUGCUAAGGGCGAGGUGAACUACGCUGCUGGUUUCUUCGAAUGGUUCAGUGAGGAGGCACCCCGCAUUUACGGUGACACAAUUCCCUCUUCCGUGCCGGGCAACCGUAUCAUGACUCUGAAGCAGCCCGUUGGUGUCUGUGGUCUUAUCACACCAUGGAACUUUCCUGCGGCGAUGAUCACAAGAAAGGCUGCACCUGCCCUGGCGGCAGGCUGCCCCGUGGUUGUCAAAACUCCUGGAGAGACCCCUUUCACCGCAAAUGCGCUGGCUGAGCUGGCAACCCGGGCAGGAAUCCCCAAGGGUGUUUUCAACAUUGUUACCGCGUCUAAGAACACCCCAGAGGUGGGUGAGGUGUUGACCACCCACCCAGAGGUCCGCAAGGUGUCCUUCACCGGCUCAACCAAUGUUGGUAAGCUGCUCAUGAAGCAGGCUUCUUCGACUGUCAAGAAGGUGUCCUGGGAGCUUGGUGGAAAUGCCCCAUUCAUUGUCUUUGACGACGUUCAGGACAUUGACGCUGCAGUGACUGGAGCUAUCAACUCCAAGUUCCGUAGCUCCGGCCAGACGUGUGUCUGUGCCAACAGAAUCUAUGUGCAGCGGGGCGUUUACGAUGAAUUUGCCAAGCGCUUUGUCGAGAAGGUCAACACAUUCAAGCUGGGAGCAGGCUUUGGAGACGGAGUCACUCACGGUCCCGUCAUCCACGAACGGGCUGUUGCCAAGGUUGACGAGCAUGUCCGCGAUGCAGAGUCCAAGGGUGCCAAGAUCGUCGCCGGUGGAAAGAAGGUUCCCGAGCUGGGCUCUAACUUCUACCACCCGACUGUCCUGACUGAAAUGACCAAGGACAUGUUGCUCGCCUCGGAGGAGACAUUCGGCCCCGUCGCUGGACUGUUCCCCUUCGAGACCGAGAAGGAAGUUGUUGACCUGGCCAACCGCGCCGAAGUUGGCCUGGCAGGCUACUUCUUCAGUGGGAAUGUCCAGCGCAUCUUCCGUGUCGCGGAGUCGUUGGAAGUCGGUAUGGUGGGAGUCAACACUGGUCUCAUUAGUGACGUCGCCUCUCCAUUCGGUGGUGUUAAGCAGAGUGGAUUCGGCCGUGAGGGCAGCAAGUACGGCAUUGAGGAGUUCUUGACAAUCAAGAGCGUGACUUUCGGAGGCAUGGGCGAGCCUCUCCAGUCGUGAUGGCAGUUGCAGCGAUGAACAUGAUGAUACCUACCCCGUAGAUACGACCCAUUUCUAUAUAUCUAUAUCUAUACCAUAUAAUCUAUUGAU